GUAGAUUUAUGCAAUAAUUUUAAUGAUGUUCCUUCCCGUGAAUUGGCGUGUGAAGCCAUUAAUGUCAAGUGUAUGCAUUAGCUAAAGGUAAGAUAACAGAAAGACCAAAAACAUUGGUCAUCGUUAGUAGCAGCGUAGGUAGCACCUUCCUACCAAUUCACAACGUCUUUUGCUUUAAAAAACAAACUCGUUCUUGUUGCUUCAGAUCAUAUAACCCGCACAUCAUUUGCAUCCGUAGCGGUGUUUUACUUCGAUUUCCGAGAAAGUUUCGAUUUUGCCUUCUGUGUCUUAGCAGUUAUGGAUCUGUUCAGCGGAGGUGCGGUGGGAGCAGUGAUGGGAGAGAUGUUAAAAGGGGCGCUUGAAACCAUAAAAAAGGGUAGAGAGUUCAAACCCACCCUUGAAAGCAACAUAGAAACCUUGAACAAUUUGGCUCCUAUUGUGAAGGAGAUGAAGAGAUACAACAAGAUGUUGGAUCGCCCCAUGAAGGAGAUAGAAGGUUUGGAGGCCCAUAUGCAAGCUGGAGAAGAGCUUGUUCGCAAGUGUUCCAAAUUUGGUCCAUGGAGAAUUUUCUCCUUCCCUCGUUACCAGACAAAGCUUAGGAACAAGGAUGAGAAUCUGAAGAGGCACUUGUCUAUGAAUGUGUCAGCUGAGAAUAAGAGGGACUUGAUGGAUAUUCUGUACAAAGUGGGACAAAUUCUUGAGAUUUUGCUCAGUAAGGAGAAUUUCGGGCAAUAUCAUGGGUAUCAGGUAAGGGGUCUACGUGGUGCUCCUGAAGAACCAGUGUGUAUUGGAAUGGAUGAGCCUUUGAACAAUUUGAAGAUGGACCUGCUCAAGGAUGGUGUCUCGGUUCUUGUUUUGACUGGUUUGGGUGGAUCCGGCAAAAGCACUUUAGCAAAGAAGAUCUGUUGGGACCCUCAAGUCAAAGGCAAAUUCGGGGGAAAUAUUUUCUUUAUCACCGUGUCAAAAACGCCCAACUUGAAGACCAUUGUGCAGACACUAUUUGAAUGCUGUGGAUGUCCCGUGCCUGAGUUUCAAAGUGAUGAAGAUGCAACUAACCGAGUGGGAGUUCUGCUGAGGCAUGUUGGGAAAUGUCCAAUAUUGUUGGUACUGGAUGAUGUUUGGCCUAACUCGGAGGCCCUUCUUGAGCAGUUUAUAAUCCAGAUACCUGAUUAUAAGAUUUUGGUGACUUCAAGGAUUGCUUUUCGAAGAUUUGGCACCCCAUGCCAGUUGGACAAGCUUAGUCAUGAUGAUGCAGUAUCCCUUUUCAGGCACUUUGCUAACCUGAACGACAAGCUCAGCUCAGACGUACCCGAUGAAAACCUUGUCCAUGAGAUAGUGAAAGGUUGUAAGGGUUCACCAUUGGCGCUUAAGGUCAUUGCUGGAUCACUCUGUCAGCAGCCUCUUGUGUUGUGGCAAAAUAUGAAGGAACAUUUACAAAGUCAAUCCAUUCUGGAGUCUAGUAGUAUUGACUUGCUUUGUCGCCUUCAACAAAGUUUAGAUAUGUUGGAGGAUAAGUUCUCCAUCAACGAGAAGGUGUGCUUCGUGGAUUUAGGGUUGUUUCCUGAAGACAAAAGAAUCCCUGUUGCUGCCCUCAUUGAUAUGUGGGCAGAACUGUAUAACCUUGAUGAAAAUGGCAGGAAUGCAAUGACCAUCAUCCAUGAUUUAACCACUAGGAAUUUGAUUAACGUCAUGGUUACAAGGAAAGUUGCGAAGGAGGCAGACAUGUACUACAAUAACCACUUUGUCAUGCUGCAUGAUCUCCUCAGAGAGCUAGCGAUUCAUCAAAGCAAAGGGGAACCAUUUGAACAGAGAACAAGGCUAACUAUUGAUGUGGAUGGAGAUAAUCGUCCUGAAUGGUGGAUAGGACAGAAUCAGCAAGGAACCAUUGGCUGGAUGUUUUCAUUAGUCACAAGAUUGUUGGUAAAACAGAAACAUCUAAGAGUUGCUGCCCGCAUAUUGUCUAUUUCAACUGAUGAAACAUUCACUUCAGAUUGGUGUGACAUGCAACCUGAUGAGGCUGAGGUUCUGAUUUUAAAUCUUCACUCGAGCCAGUACUCGUUACCAGAUUUCACUGAGAAGAUGAGUAACCUUAAAGUUCUAAUAGUCACAAAUUAUGGCUUCCAUCAUUCUGAAGUAAACAAGUUUGAGCUACUUGGCUCUUUAUCCAACUUGAGAAGAAUCAGACUAGAUAAGGUUUCAGUCCCUCCCCUUUGCAUGCUGAAGAAUCUGCGAAAAUUGUCCCUUUAUAUGUGUAAUACAAAACUGGCUUUUGAAAGCUGUUCUAUCCCAAUCUCAGAUGCAAUGCCAAAGCUAGUGGAAAUGAGCAUUGACUAUUGCAAGGAUCUGGUUAAAUUGCCUGAUGGGGUGUGUAACAUUACCCCAUUGAAGAAGCUUAGUAUCACUAACUGUCACAAGCUUUCAGCACUGCCACAAGAAAUUGCAAAACUAGAGAAUUUGGAAGUGCUAAGGCUGUGUUCCUGUUCUCAUUUGGUAGAGAUGCCAGACUCUGUUGGAGGGCUUAACAAGCUAAGCUGUAUUGACAUCUCAGACUGUGUUAGUCUUACAAAAUUACCAGAUGACAUUGGUGACUUGAAGAAGCUUGAGAAGCUCUACAUGAAGGGUUGCUCAGCUUUGUGUAAAUCAGAAUUGCCAUACUCGGUCACCAAUUUUGAACAUUUAAAGCAUACAAUACAUGUGAUCUGUGAUGAAGAAAUGGCUAAGUUAUGCGAAAAUUCCCUUACCAUUUCCAAUUUGAAGGUAGAGAUGGCUGAAGUUGAUAUUAACCUAAAUUGGCUUCAUUAGUUAGUUCCUCAGACUUGUAUCCUGAAAUUGAUGAUCGCUAGUAAUCAUGUCGAAAUUUGAAAUUAAUGUUGCUGGCUGUAGUGAAAUAAAAAAGCAGGAGUUUGUGUUAGGUGAUGCUGUAAAAGUCGUAAUGCAUCAAUGUGGCUUGUACUUGGAAGAACACUUCAUAAGUUUUUUUAGAAUGGUUAGGUACUUUUUUUGGUAAUAAACUCUGAAAAUAUUUGUUUGACCAAAAUCUUUAUAUGUAAAUAAAUAAAUUAAAUCGUAAUUUUGGUG